CCAGGGAAUCUGCUUCCGGGUCAGAGGGCCUAGGCGGCGCGAUGGGGAAGAUGGCGGCGGCUCUGACUUCUGUGGCUACGCUGGCGACCGAACCUGGCGAGGACGCCUUUCGGAAACUUUUCCGCUUCUACCGGCAGAGCCGGCCCGGGACGGCAGACCUAGGAGGGGUCAUCGACUUCUCGGCGGCCCAAGCAGGCCACAGCACGGGCCCUGCGACCCAAAAGGUGGUCAGAUCGCAGUUGAGUGUGUCCUCUGUCAGCGAGCACAAUGCACAUCGAGCAGGACUUAAGCCAGUCAGCAAGUGGCAAGCCUAUGGGCUUGAAGGCUAUCCUGUUUUUUGUUCCUACAUCCCUACCAAGCCUUGGCUGAUAACUUGUACUAAAUUUAGACUUAAGGGACCAUACAAAGGGCUGCUGCCACCACUUAAGUUGAUUAUAUCCUCUUUCAUUGCCAAUCUUUGCAGGUGUAAAGAAUUGAAUAAACGGAGACCCCGAAGUUUAUUAGAAAAACUGCGCUGGGUGACCUUAGGCUACCAUUAUAACUGGGAUACACAAAGCAGAGAAUGGCAGGAUUUGGGGAUGAACAACGCAGGCUUCACCUUGGCAGAUGCUCAUCCCAGAGUGAGAAAAAUCAGCAAACGGCUCCUACUCACAGCUGUGGGCAUCAGCCUCCUCUCCACAGAUCGCCAGUGGCAUAGAGGUCAGGUAGGGAGUAAAUGCCAGACACAUGCAAAGCAGUACUCAGUGAUUCGCCUGCCAGACUCCAGGGAGACCGAGGCAUAA